CAAUCGAUCAAAACGCACUGAAGAAGAAUAAUAAGUAAAACGUGUAUCAGCUGAGCUGGCUAAUGUGAAAACUCUGUUUGAAAGGACGUGAUUUUAGAGCAGAACCAGAGAUUACUGGGAUGGAGAAUGACAUUCUUGUCUCUCUUGAAGAUUUAGGGUACCAAGGCCCUCUGUUGGAGGAAGGAGCUCUGGAUGGUGCUGUGAGCGGAGCAGCAGCUUCACCUGAGUUUACUAAGCUUUGUGCCUGGAUCAUCUCAGAGCUGAGACUCUACUGCAAGCUAGAGGAGAAUGUCCAUGCCACUAACUGUCCGAGUGAGGCAGAGGGCUUCCAGCUGGAGAUGAGCGGCCUGCUGUCAGAGCUUUCUUGUCCGUACUCAGUCCUCACCAGUGGAGACAUUACCCAGAGGUUCCUCAAACGGACAGACUGUCUGCUGCUCCUCACCUUUCUGGUGUCUGAGUUGGAGGCGUCGAGGAUGAUCCUGGUCAAUAAGCCUGAAAAGAAGAGCCAGGAGUCAGGCAGCCCCGUGUUCCAGGAGCUGAAGGGCAUCUGCAUGGCACUGGGCAUGUCCAAGCCUCCAGCUAACAUAACCAUGUUCCAGUUCUUCAGUGGGAUUGAAAAGAAGCUGAAAGAAGCCAUAACUAGAGCCCCACCAAACCACGUAGGAGACCCUCUGAUGAAGAAGACCCUUGGACCUGUACACAUGGAAAAAAUUGAAGCUAUAAACCAAGCACUUGUAAAUGAGUAUGAAGUGAGAAGAAAAAUGUUGCUGAAACGUCUUGAUGUGACAGUGCAGUCCUUUGGUUGGUCUGACAGAGCAAAGACACAUUCUGAGAAGUUGGCCAAAGUUUACCAGCCACUACGCUCUGCUCUUGGCAUCCAAAGUAAAAUCUCUGUUGCCCACCUCCUCGCUGCUCGACAAGACUUCUCCAAGAUCCUACGGACAAGCAGUGGCAAGAUAAGAGAAAAGACUGCCUGUGCCAUUAAUAAGGUUCUAAUGGGCCGAGUGCCAGACAGGGGAGGCCGACCCUGUGAGAUUGAGCCUCCUCCCCCAGAGAUGCCCUCCUGGCAGAAGCGUCAGGAUGCUCCGCAAGGAGGAGGACACUAUGGGCAUGGAGGCGGAGGCAGAGGGGGCUACGAUCACUACAGCCAAGGUGGUCGGGGAGGAUAUGAGAGAGGAAGUGGAGGUGGACAUGGAGACAGGGGAGGUAGAGGAGGAGGCGGCGGCAGAGGGGGAAAGGUGCAGGGUGGCUGGGGAGAUGGAAGUGGAGGAGGGAGAGGCGGUUACAACCAGGGCCACUAUCAAGAUGCAGGAGGGAGAGGUGGCUAUGGAGGAGGUAACAAUCAAGGAGGCUUCCAGGACCCUGGCUACCAUGGAGGAGGAGGAGGAGGAGGAGGUGGUUACCAUGACAGUUAUCACCAAGAUGGAGGCUGGCAUUCUGAGAGAGGUGGGGGUCGAGGAGGUCGUGGGGGCAGGGGAAGAGGAGGCAGAGGAGGAGGCGGACAAGGGGGAGGCUGGGGAGGGAGAGGGGGCCAGAAUUUCAACCAAGGAGGACCGUUUGAACAGUUCUUCCAACAUGGCGGGCAGCACUACAACCAAGCGGGCUUUAAUCAAGGCAGACACUACACUAGUUGAAGACAUAGUGAGGUGCAUCGCAGCAGAGUCCACUCAAAGAUCCACUCCUUCUCAUGUGUGAACAGAUUUUAAAUGCCUUAUCAUCAUCACAUUUAGACUUUUUAGCAUGGUUAAAGUAGACACACAGAUACCAUAUACACUCAGUAUUACAAAGGACAGGUCUAAUGUAAUCCUUUGCUUUUUCAUACUGGUUUGUUAAUGUUUUCUCUGCCUCCUCAAGUAUUCAAGCCAACAGCUGUGCUUUAAAUGCUUAGUGGAUUAGUUGGGCUCUGCUGUUUUGACCUCAUUUGACAUUUAAUUAGCCUCAUAUUGGAAAUGUUUUUGAAAGACAGGAAAGGGAACUAAGAUUUCAGUGUGUAUCUGACAUUAGAGGCUCACUCUUGAAAUACUUAAUUGGGCAACUACUUGAAAACAGCUUUAUCUUUCCAGUCUUCAUUUUGUUUCCGUAGAGCUGACUGGAACCUCCUUUGUUACAUAUUUAAAAUGUCAUCUUAUACUGCUCAUGGAAGAUUAUCUGCAUACACAUAUGGAUGUUGGAAGGUUUGCAUGGGUGUGUGUGAAUGAGCAAUAAAAUCUAAAUGAGAACAUUA